CUCCGCUUCCUGUCCGCGUGGGGGAGGUUCUCGGGGAGGCAGCGGACUCAGGGCAGGUGUUGGCGCGCGUGCGGUGAAUUUUUUCGCAAGUCGGCCUCCCUUCCCGCCGGAUCAUGGCCACCGACUCGUGGGCCCUGGCAGUGGACGAGCAGGAAGCGGCUGUCAAGUCGAUGAGUAAUUUGCAAAUCAAGGAAGAAAAAGUCAAACCAGAUACCAAUGGUGUUAUUAAAACUAAUGCCACUGCAGAGAAAACAGAAGAAGAAGAGAAAGAGGACAGAGCUGCCCAGUCCUUACUCAACAAGCUGAUCAGAAGCAACCUUGUGGAUAACACAAACCAGGUGGAAGUCCUGCAGCGGGACCCAAACUCCCCGCUCUACUCAGUGAAGUCCUUUGAGGAGCUUCGGCUGAAACCACAGCUUCUCCAGGGAGUCUAUGCCAUGGGCUUCAAUCGACCAUCCAAGAUACAAGAGAACGCAUUACCCAUGAUGCUUGCUGAGCCCCCACAGAACCUGAUUGCCCAGUCUCAGUCGGGUACUGGUAAAACAGCUGCCUUCGUCCUGGCCAUGCUCAGCCGAGUGGAACCAGCAGAGAGAUACCCCCAGUGUUUGUGCCUCUCCCCAACAUAUGAGUUGGCUCUUCAAACGGGAAAAGUGAUUGAGCAGAUGGGCAAAUUUCAUCCAGAACUAAAGCUUGCUUAUGCUGUCCGAGGCAAUAAAUUGGAAAGAGGUCAGAAGAUCAGUGAGCACAUUGUCAUUGGCACCCCUGGGACUGUUCUGGACUGGUGCGCACUCAAGUUCAUUGACCCCAAGAAGAUCAAGGUGUUUGUUCUGGAUGAGGCUGACGUGAUGAUAGCUACUCAGGGCCACCAAGAUCAGAGCAUCCGCAUCCAGAGGAUGCUGCCCAGGAACUGCCAGAUGCUGCUUUUCUCUGCCACCUUCGAAGACUCCGUAUGGAAAUUUGCCCAGAAAGUGGUCCCAGACCCAAACAUUAUCAAACUGAAGCGUGAGGAGGAGACCUUGGACACCAUCAAGCAGUAUUACGUCCUGUGCAAUAACAGAGAUGAGAAGUUCCAGGCCUUGUGUAACCUCUACGGGGCCAUCACCAUUGCUCAGGCCAUGAUCUUCUGCCAUACCCGCAAAACAGCUAGCUGGCUGGCAGCAGAGCUCUCGAAAGAAGGCCACCAGGUGGCCCUGCUGAGUGGAGAAAUGAUGGUGGAGCAGAGGGCUGCGGUCAUCGAGCGCUUCCGAGAGGGCAAAGAGAAGGUGCUGGUGACCACCAACGUGUGUGCCCGCGGUGAGCAGAGAACGCGUCUGUCCGCCAGGCCGCGGGUAGCCAGGGAAGUCCUCCUGUACGGGGCUCCGCUGGUUUGGGGGAGUCCAUGUGGGGUUGGUGCGGACAUUCUUUUCAGGGAGAGACUGGAUUCCCCCGGCAGAUAAGAACUGUCACAGAAGCCAGGGGCUCCCAUGAGGUGGAAGGACAUGGACGAGCAUCUCGCUGGUUCAGGAUGGUGCCUGU